AUGAAAUUAGCUGCUACUGCUUUGACAACCAUCUUAUAUGUCUUAGCCACCCACAAGGAUGUGCAAAGAAAAGCUCGUGAUGAAAUACUACGCGUUCUUGGCGAUAUUUUAACCCCAACCAUAGAUCAGCAAAGAGAAUUAAAAUAUUUGAAUAUGGUUAUAAAGGAAAACUUAAGACUAUAUCCUCCAAAAUCAUGUAUUUUGCCGAAAACACCUAUCGCAAUAAAUAUUUAUGGAAUCCAUCAUUCACCAAAAUAUUGGAAGGAUCCUGAAGAAUUUAUUCCUGGAAGAUUUGAGAAUGAAAAUGAUGAAAAACGCGAACAAUAUACUUGGUUAACUUUUGGCAGUGGUACCAGAACAUGUUUGGGUAACAACUUUUCACUUAUUCAACAAAGAGUGAUGCUGUGUGCUUUAUUAAGAAAAUAUGAGGUGUCUUUACCAGCAGAUAGUAUUCAUCAAGAUAAAUUACAUCUUGACCAUUUUAAUAGUACACUUACGAGAAUACAAUCAUUGCACUUAAUAUUUAAAAGAAGAACAGAAUAA